AUGCUCCACGCCCUGGGCAGCUGGAGGAGCAACUGUGCAUGCUCUGCGGAGGGCCGCCGAAUCAUGUCGAUGAGCCCAAAGCAUACGACUCCUUUCUCAGUGUCUGACAUCUUGAGUCCUUUGGAGGAAAGCUACAAGAAAGUGGGCAUGGAGGCCAGUAACUUGGGGGCUCCCCUGUCAGCCUACAGACAGUCUCAGGUUUCUCAGCCGGCCAUGCAGCAGCACCCCAUGGGCCACAACGGAACAGUGACUGCCGCCUACCAUAUGACAGCGGCAGGGGUCCCCCAGCUCUCCCAUGCUACGAUGGGGGGCUAUUGCAAUGGGAACCUGGGCAACAUGAGCGAGCUGCCGCCUUACCAGGACACCAUGAGGAACAGCGCUUCGGCGACAGGAUGGUACGGCACCAACCCGGAUCCCCGCUUUUCCUCAAUCUCCCGCUUCAUGGCGCCGUCCUCGGGCAUGAACAUGGGAGGCAUGGGCAGCCUCGGCUCCCUGGGAGACGUGAGCAAGAGCAUGGCCCCGCUCCAGAGCACGCCGCGGAGGAAACGGAGGGUCCUUUUUUCGCAGGCCCAGGUUUACGAGCUGGAGAGACGUUUCAAGCAACAAAAAUACCUCUCCGCCCCGGAGAGGGAACAUUUAGCCAGCAUGAUACAUCUCACCCCGACUCAGGUCAAAAUCUGGUUCCAGAAUCACCGCUACAAGAUGAAACGCCAGGCCAAAGACAAGGCUGCGCAGCAGCAGAUGCAACAGGAGAACGGCUCCUGCCAGCAGCAGCAGUCUCCCAGAAGGGUGGCAGUGCCAGUGCUUGUGAAGGAUGGCAAGCCCUGCCAAGCAGGCUCCAACACACCCACAGCAGCUAUCCAGAGCCAUCAGCAGCAGGCAGCUACAACGAUCACAGUGGCUACCAAUGGCAACAGCCUCGGACAGCAUCAGAGCCACCAGACAAACAGUGCGGGGCAGUCUCCAGACAUGGGACAGCACUCGGCCAGCCCUUCCUCUCUGCAGAGCCAAGUCUCCAGUUUGUCUCACCUAAACUCUUCUACUUCUGACUAUGGCACUGCCAUGUCUUGCUCCACCUUGCUAUACGGUAGGACCUGGUAA